CGUGUUAGUUCAAGGCAAAGAUCGUCAAUAGAACAAAAUGAUUACACAACACUGACCUGAGAGUUGCCAGUCACAAAGAAAACAGCCCUGCCAGGAUCUCUAUUAACUAAUAUGACUCAACAGACAACAUUUAAUGAAGCUCCACCCAACUACUAUGAGCUAAGCGUGCGAGAUGGCACCGUGGCUCAACAACCACUCCAACAACCGGCUCAACAACCACUCCAACAACCGGCUCAACAACCACUCCAACAACCGGCUCAACAACCACCCCAACAACCGACUCAACAGCCACCCCCCACUGGACAGGUCUACUAUCCUGCACAGCAGCCGCAGGUGGUCCCCAGCACUGUUUAUCAAAUGCCCUACCAAAUCCCUCGAAUGUAUCAGCAGGUUGAGGCUGCAGUGGGCAAGCCCCCUUACCCCGGACCCAGUGAUUACCUCAUUCUCAGUCUAGUUACCAUGAUCGUGUGUGGUGUACUCAACAUCACCUCUCUCAUGAUUGGCAUCCCAGGACUUGUGUUUGCAGGCUUGAGCAACCACCAUCGCACUGUCCACAAGAACUACCACAAUGCCAAUAAGUACUCCAACUAUGCCUUGGGGCUGGUCUUAGCCAACAUCAUCUACACCCUCCUGUGGGGUGUCAUUCUGAUCGGAGUUCUCGUGGGAAUAAGUGGAUUUGGUCUAUAUGGCUUCAUGUGUCCGUCUGUCGGCGAUUGCUACUAGGAUUGAUUGCAUUGGUAAUAAUUAUGAUCAUAAAAUUGUGCUCUUAAAAACAAUCUUUAUGUGCAUUUUGUAUAUAAGGUGUUUUUCAUAUAACUUGGUA